AUGGUGGCCGGUCUUUUCGCAAAGGCGCUUUUGCUCCUUCAGCUUGGGUCUGGGGCUCUGGCUGUGCAGAAUGCCUCCAGACCUCUGUACAAGAAUCCCCAUGCGCCUGUGGAGGCGCGAGUCUCUGAUCUUCUCAGUCGCAUGACCAUUGAAGAUAAGAUGGGUCAAUUGAUGCAGGGUGACAUCGGCAACUGGAUGAACAGCACAACUGGGGCUUUUAACUACACCGGCUUGGUGGAGAACAUGGAGAUGAAGGCUGGUGCAUUUUACAUUGGAUAUGCUGUUCCCUGGGACUGGCUUGCGACCAACAUCAAGAGAGCCCAAGACUAUCUGCUGCAAAACACGACGCUUGGGAUCCCUGCUCUUGUUCAGACUGAGGGUAUUCAUGGCUUCCUGCUCGAGAAUGCGACUAUCUACAACUCCCCGAUAGGAUACGCCUGUUCUUUCAACAGAAAGUUGGUUGAGAAAAUGGGACGACUCAUUGCGCAAGAGGCUCGUGCUAUUGGUACCACCCAACUGUUUGCGCCGCUGGCCGAUCUGGCUCGCGAACUCCGAUACGGUCGGGUUGAGGAGACGUUCUCAGAGGACUCUUACCUUGCUGGUGAAAUGGCCUACCACUAUAUCGUAGGACUGCAGAGCUUGAACGUUUCCGCCACUGUCAAGCACUUCGUGGGAUACAGUUUGCCUGAACAGGGUCUGAACACUGCGCCUGUCCAAGGAGGAGAGAGAUAUCUGCGCUCAACCUGGCUGCCGUCCUUCAAGAGAGCCAUUGUGGAUGCUGGUGCAUGGAGUAUCAUGAGCGCCUACCACGCAUAUGACGGUAUCCCCGCAGUGGCCGACUGGUUCACUCUCACCAAGAUCCUCCGACAAGAAUGGAACUACGACUACUAUGUCAUCAGCGAUUCCGGUGCCACAGACAGACUGUGCACAGCCUUCAAGCUCUGCAGAAGCUCCCCCAUCGAUAUGGAGGCCGUGACCACCCAGGCCCUGCCCGCGGGCAACGACGUCGAAAUGGGCGGAGGUUCAUUCAACUACCAGAAGAUCCCCGAGCUCGUCGAGUCCGGCCAAUUGGACAUCGAGGUCGUCAACACCGCCGUCUCCAGAGUUCUCAGAUCCAAGUUCGAAAUGGGCCUCUUCGAGAACCCCUACCCAGCCGCUCCUCAAUCCGAAUGGAACAAGCUGAUCCACAGCCCGGAGGCAGUCGAGCUCGCGAGAACCAUCGACAAGGAGUCCAUCGUCCUGCUCGAGAACCACAACGAGACCCUCCCCCUGAAGAAGAGUGGUAGCAUCGCCGUCAUCGGGCCUAUGGCACACGGAUUCAUGAACUACGGCGACUACGUGAUCUACGGCAGCCAAUGGCACGGCGUCACCCCUCUCGACGGCAUCAAAGCCGCCGUCGGCGACGCCGCCACAGUCAACUACGCGCAAGGCUGCGAACGGUGGAGCAACGACGAGUCAGGCUUCGACGAAGCCAUCGCAGCAGCCAAGAAAUCCGACGUGGCCAUCGUCGUCGUAGGCACCUGGUCUCGCGACCAGACCGAACUAUGGGAGAACUACAACGCAACCACCGGCGAACACGUCGACCUCGACUCCCUCGCCCUCGUCGGCGCCCAAGGCCCCCUAAUCCAAGCAAUCCGGGACACCGGGAUCCCAACCAUCGUAGUCCUCUCCAGCGGCAAGCCCAUCACAGACGUAACCUGGAUCGCAAACAGCACCUCGGCCCUACUCCAACAAUUCUACCCGUCCGAACAAGGCGGCAACGCCCUCGCAGACGUCCUCUUCGGGGACUACAACCCCUCGGGAAAACUCUCCGUCAGUUUCCCCCACUACGUCGGCGACCUGCCCAUCUACUACGACUACCUGAACUCAGCCCGCAACAUCGGCGACGCCGGACACGCUUACCCCAAUGGAACCCUGGAUUUCGGACACCAGUAUGUCCUGGGCGAUCCGCAUGCUGUGUACCCGUUUGGGUAUGGGAAGAGUUAUUCGGCGUUUGAGUAUGGGGAUGUUAGGUUGAGUAAGACGAAUGUGUCGGCUAGUGAGACGGUGGUUGUUAGUGUUGAGGUGAGGAAUUUGGAUGAGAAGAGGGAGGCCACGGAGGUCGUGCAGGUUUAUGUGGUUGAUGAGAUUGCGUCGGUUGUGGUGCCGAAUCGGUUGCUGAAGGGGUUUGAGAAGGUGGUUGUUCCGGCGGGGGGAAGUGUGGAGGUGGAGGUUGAGAUUAAGGUGGAGGAUUUGGGGCUGUGGGAUAGGAAGAUGGAGUAUGUGGUUGAGAAGGGCGAGUUUGGGGUGUUGGUUGGGAGUAGUUCCGUGGAUAUUAGGGGGAGGGCGGCGUUUUGGGUUGUUUAG